CGCCCCCGCUGCGGCGGGCGAGGGGCGGGACCUGGCGCGGACUAUAUAAGGCACGGGGCGGGCGCCGCUCUUUUGUCUCCGGCUGCAGCAGCGCGAGUGGGAGCACCUGGAGUUUGUGCCGGGAGCUAGGCGCCGCGGAUCGAGUGGAGAAAAUGGCAGACAAGCCGGACAUGGGGGAAAUCGCCAGCUUCGAUAAGGCCAAACUGAAGAAGACGGAGACGCAGGAGAAGAAUACCCUGCCGACCAAAGAGACCAUUGAGCAGGAGAAGCAGAGUGAAGUCUCCUAAGAGCCGAGAGGAGUCCCCACCCCCGUCAUCUCCGAGGCCCCAGUGGCGAGGUCGACCCCGAGCCACCUCCAAAGCUGGACGCGAGAUGGACGCGAGCGACAAGCUGCACUGUGAACCCGGGCACGCCCCGCUGUCGCCACUGGCCCGGGGGUCUCUCUGCGGAUCUCCCAUUCGGACUGCCAAAUUUUCGGGUUUGCCCUGGGAUGUUACUGAAAAUUAUUUGUGUGAUUGGUGAAAAUAAAAGACACCUCGUGGCGUGGC